UUCCCCGGAUUUGACGAUCUCUACUGCAAGUUCUGCUUCGUCUAUGGCCAAGACUGGGUUCCCACAGCGGGCCUGGAGGAGGGCAUCUCCCAGAUCACCUCCAAGAGCGACGUCGCUCCCAGCACUCUCAUCUGGAACUUCCCCAUCGACAUUACCUUCAAGAGCACCAACCCAUCCGGCUGGCCACAGAUUGUAGUGAGCGUCUACGGACCUGACUUUUUUGGAAAUGAUGUGGUCAGAGGUUAUGGAGCUGUUCAUGUUCCCCUCACACCCGGAAGGCAUACAAGAACCAUCGCUAUGUUUGUUCCAGAGUCCACAUCUAGGCUGCAGCAGUUUACAAGCUGGUUCACAGGGAGACGCCCAGAAUUUACUGACCCCAAAGUGGUAGCGCAGGGAGAAGGAAGAGAAGUAACAAGGGUGCGAUCUCAAGGCUUUGUGACCAUUUCUUUCAACGUAGUGACCAAAGAUAUGAAGAAGUUGGGCUACGACGUGAGCCCAACAAUUCAGUCACCUGCAACACACCAAGUCUUCAUUUUUAUUGAGUUAGUAAGGUCUCAACUGAUUCUGAUUUACGUGAAUAUAAGAAACCCUCCUUUCUCACG